AUGUUACCAUCGUACGUUAGAGCCGUUCCAAACGGAACAGAAACCGGAAAUUUUCUCGCUCUUGAUCUUGGAGGUACGAAUUUCCGUGUACUGUUGAUUAAACUACGGGGUCAUGAAGCCGACAUGACCAGUCAGAUCUAUCGUGUUCCCGAAGCCGUUAUGAAGGGUUCAGGGACUGCGCUGUUCGAUCACAUCGCCGACUGUAUGGCAAAAUUUAUAACAGACAACAAUAUUGAGGCAGCAGCCGGUUUACCUCUUGGUUUUACCUUUUCUUUUCCAUGCAGACAAGAAGGGCUAACGCGAGCCAAGUUGAUUAACUGGACUAAAGGAUUUUGUGCCAGUGGUGUGAAAAAUAAAGAUGUUGUUCAAAUGCUUCGUGAAGCAUGUGAAAGAAGAAAGGAUAUUGAUAUCGAUGUAGUAGCCGUUCUGAACGAUACUGUUGGUACUUUAAUGGCUUGUGCGUUUAAAGAGAACAGCUGUGAGGUCGGCGUUAUAGUUGGAACGGGUACCAACGCUUGCUAUAUGGAAAAGAUCGCAAACUGUGAAAAACUUGAAGAUGAACAUUUGGAAAGCGAUGGGUUUCCAAAUGAAAUGAUUAUAAAUACUGAAUGGGGAGCAUUUGGAGAUGACGGAAAGUUAAAUUUUGUGCGAACAGAGUUUGAUCGCGAUGUUGAUAAGCGCUCGAUAAACCCGGGAAUGCAAUUAUUUGAAAAAAUGAUUUCGGGUAUGUAUAUGGGUGAAAUUGUUCGAACUGUGUUGCAUAAGCUGGCAAAGCAAAAGUUAAUAUUUGGUGGCAAUACAGACGCUAUAUCGCAGGAUCAUUGUUUUCCAACUAAAUACGUCUCCGAAAUUGAGAGUGAAAUGGAGGAUCCGGAAGGUCGGUCCUUUACAAAGACAGCCCAAAUUCUUGAAGAUGUUGGAAUUGAAGAUGUUACUGUCGAAGACUGCGCUAAUGUUGCUUAUGUUUGCAAGCUUAUUAGUACUCGAGCAGCACACCUAUGCGCAGCCGGUAUAGCUACCUUACUGAACAAGAUGGAAAAGAAGUUUGUGACCGUUGGUGUUGAUGGAUCAGUUUAUCGUUUUCAUCCAACAUUCCCAAAAGUGUUAAACGACAAAAUUAGUGAAUUACUAAAACCAAACCUCAAAUUCCAAUUAAUGUUGUCUGAAGACGGCAGUGGACGAGGUGCAGCAUUAGUAGCAGCCGUAGCUACACGUAUUAAUAGGGAAAAGUUAAAUAAAAAAAAAUAA